UUGUCGUUAUGUGAGACCAGAUGUCACUCAACAGUGAAUGUCAUUCAUUGAGUUUUUAUUGAAUGACAAUAAAGAGUUGUCAGACAAUGGAUGACAACGAGACAGUUAUGAUGGAAAAGUUAGAGUGUCUUAAAGAGAUCAGGUCUCGUACCAUUCAGUUKGAGAAACUCAAGUCACGAUUGAAACAAGAAUUGGAUUCAAGAGAGACAGAAGGCAAGUGUUUUGAUGAAUACAAGAAGGAAAUGGAUUUAUUGCUUCAGGAGAAGAUGGCACACGUGGAAGAGCUCAGACAAAUACAUGCAGAUAUCAAUGCAAUGGAAAAUGUGUUGAAACAGAGUCAUGAAGACAGCAAUCAUCACGAAGAGAAUGUUCAACACAUUAUGCAAGAGUAUCAACCAUUGAAAGAACUGAUUGAUAAGCUUAGGGCUGACAUUGGAUUGCCUCGACUUCCAGAACUGUGCGAAGAGAGCGACAAAUUUAAGCCCGAGUUGUUUGAGAAACGCAAACACGAGUGGAGACAAAUGUUGCCCGAAAUUAAUGAUCAGGUGUUGCCUCAGUCGCUUAUAGCUGCGGCCGCCACCGCACAGCACUUGCAUAUGGCUGCCGCUCGACCGAAGCCACAGAUGUCGGCUACUAUGCCAUCGGUAGCCGUUUCGCAUCACUCGACAAUUACUUCGGCACCCACUGAAAGGCCUACUCCGGCAGCAUUUCGUCAACAGCCGCCACCAAUGAAGUCAUGUCUUUCAUGUCAUCAACAGAUCCACCGAAACGCUCCGAUAUGUCCUCUAUGUAAGGCUAAAAGUCGAUCUCGUAAUCCAAAGAAACCAAAGCGUAAGCUCGAGGAUUGAGACAAUCCUUAUCAAGUGAUCAAUCUAUUGAUACAAUUAUUAAUCUCUUGAUCUAAUCAGAGGAUAAUCUUUUUUGCCAAUUAAAAGUUGUGCCAAACAUUUAACCGUUACUAAUACAGUAUAUAUACGGUAUUUAGUAAACAAUACUAAUUAUUAACUCAUUUUUUAAAAUUUU